AUCUGGUAGUCAUAGAAACAUUAGGUUAAGUUUGGAUGAACCUGAUAGCCCUAAGAAUAAAAUUGAAUCUAAUAAUGAAACCAACAUUAAUGCAGAUGACAGUCCUUUAAGUAGCACAAGAAGCUCAGAUAGUAAUUCUACUCUUAAAUCAAGUGGAAGAGACAAAUCUGAUGGAAGUUAUAGCUCUAUUAACAACACCCCAAAGGGGAAGUCUAAUAAAAGGCCAGUACCACCACGAUAUAAGAAAGCAGCCUCUAGAAAUCAAAGAAAUUCAGUUACCUCAGUUGGAGAUUCACAAGGACAAGGAGAGAGUCCUGUGAACAGUUCAGGGAGCAAUGAGAGUAGUUCAACAUUGACAGAUAGUUCAAGACAAAAAACAAGAAAAGAAAGUUUCAGAGAUGAGGCAAGUAAAAAAGAAAAUCCAAUUCCAAGAGACAAGGCUACUAAAGAUGAAAGCCCAAAAGAUGAGGCUAGAAAAGCAGAAACCCUGGGAGAUGAGGCUGAUAAAAAGGAAAGCCCAAGCUAUGAGAUUAUUAAAAGUGAAAGUCCAAGAGAUGAUGAUGCUACUAAACAUGAAACCCCAAGAAAUGAUACUAGUAAAAAGGAUAGCCCAAGAGAUGAUGCGACUAAAGAUGAAAGCCGUAGAGAUGAAACUAGUAAACAGGAAAGCUCAAGAGAUGAGGCUAGCAAAGAUGAAAUCCCAAGAGACAAAGAUAGUAAAGGAGAAACCCCAAGAGAUGGGACUACUAAAGAAGAGAGCCCAAGAGAAGAGGCUAGAAAAGAUGAAAGCCCAAGAGACAAAGCUAGUAAUGGAGAAAGCCUAAGAGAUGAUCCUACUAAAGAUGAAAGUCCAAGAGAUGAGGUUAGUAAAAAGGAAAGUCAAAGAGAUGAGAUUAGCAAAGAUGAAAGCCCAAGAGACAAAGAUAGUAAAGGAGAAACCCCAAGAGAUGGGACUACCAAAGAUGAGAGCCCAAGAGAUGAUGCUACUAAAGAUGAAAACCCAAGAGAUGAAGCUAGUAAAAAGACAAGUCCAAGAGAUGAGGCUAGCAAAAAUGAAAGUCCUAUGGACAAAGCUAGCAAAGGAGAUAUUCAAAAAGAUGAGACUACUGAAGAUGAAAGUCAAAGAGAAGAGGCUAGUAAAGAAGGGAAUUCAAGAGACAAGGCUCUUAAAAAAGAAAGACCAAGAGAUGAGGCUAGUGGGGAUGAAAGCCCAAGAGACAAGACUAAUAAAGAUGGAAGUCCAAGAGAUGAGGCAAGUAAAGAUGAAAGUCCAAGAGACACGGCUAGUAAGGAAAAAAGCCCAAAAGAUAAGGCUAGUAAAGGUCAAAGCCCAAGAGAUAUGGCUAUUAAAGAUGGAAGCCCAGGAGAUAUGGUUAUUAAAGACAAAAGACCAGGAGAUCUGGCUAUUAAAGAAGAAAGCCCAGGAGAAAAGGCUGUUAAAGGAGAAAGCCCAAGAGAUGAGGCUAGUAAAGAUGUAAGCCCAAGAGAUAAGACUAUUAAAGAUGGAAGCCCAGGAGACAACACUAGUAAAGAAGAAAGCCCGAGAGACAAGGCUAGUAAAGAAGAAAGUCAAAGAGACAAUGCUAGUAAAGAUGAAAGCCCAAGAGACAAGGCUAGUAAAGAUGAAAUCCCAGGAGACAAGGCUAGUAAAGAUGAAAGUCCAAGAGAUGAGGCUAUUAAAGAAGAAAGCCCAGGAGAAAAGGCUGUUAAAGGAGAAAGCCUAAGAGAUGAGGCUAGUAAAGAUGUAAGCCCAAGAGAUAAGACUAUUAAAGAUGGAAGCCCAGGAGACAACACUAGUAAAGAAGAAAGUCCAAGAGACAAUGCUAGUAAAGAAGAAAGUCAAAGAGACAAUGCUAGUAAAGAUGAAAGCCCAAGAGACAAUGCUAGUAAAGAUGAAAGCCCAAGAGACAAGGCUAGUAAAGAAGAAAGUCCAAGAGACAAGACUAUUAAAGAUGGAAGCCCAGGAGAUGAGGCUAGUAAAGAGGAAAGCCCAGGAGACAACACUAGUAAAGAAGAAAGCCCGAGAGACAAGGCUAGUAAAGAAGAAAGUCAAAGAGACAAUGCUAGUAAAGAUGAAAGCCCAAGAGACAAUGCUAGUAAAGAUGAAAGCCCAAGAGACAAGGCUAGUAAAGAAGAAAGUCCAAGAGACAAUGCUAGUAAAGAUGAAAGCCCAAGAGACAAGACUACUAAUGAAGAAAGUCCUAGAGGCGCAAGUAUAGAAGAAACUUCAAGAAACAUUACAAGUAAUGAAGAACGUCCUGAAAAUAAGGAAUCCAGUGUGUCUAAAACAGAUGGAGAAAAAGAUUCCUCUGCAGAUAAUAUUGCUGUAAAAGCAGCAAGUGUUGAGAAAAAUCAGCCAAGGCAUAGUUUACCCACAGAUGGUGUGACUAAUCCAGAUGAUACAGUGACAACUGCUGACUCGGG